UCCAGGCACAGCCUUCCAAGAUGCGCCCAGUUGUCCUGGCCACCUUCCUCUUCUGGAGCUGGGCUCAUUGUCGGUCCUUGCCCCUGCCGAGCGCUGAAGAUGAGGAGGACUUGUCUGAAGAAGACCUCCAGUUUGCAGAGCGCUACCUGAAAUCAUACUACCACCCAGUAAAUCUUGCGGGCAUACUGAAGAAAAGCGCGGGAAGUUCCAUGGUUGACAGGCUCCGAGAAAUGCAGUCCUUCUUUGGCUUAGAGGUGACAGGCAAGCUUGAUGACAACACCUUAGAUAUCAUGAAAAAACCAAGAUGCGGGGUCCCUGAUGUGGGAGAAUACAAUGUUUUCCCUCGAACACUCAAAUGGUCCAAAAUGAAUUUAACUUACAGAAUUGUGAAUUAUACACCUGAUAUGGCUCCUUCUGAAGUGGAAAAAGCAUUCAAAAAAGCUUUCAAAGUUUGGUCCAGUGUGACACCUCUGAAUUUUACCAGACUUCAUGAAGGCACUGCAGAUAUCAUGAUCUCUUUUGGAACUAAAGAACAUGGUGACUACUACCCAUUUGAUGGACCCUCUGGUCUGCUGGCACAUGCCUUUCCUCCUGGACCAAAUUAUGGAGGAGAUGCGCAUUUUGAUGAUGAUGAAUACUGGACAGAUAGUUCCAAAGGUUACAACUUGUUUCUUGUGGCUGCCCAUGAGCUGGGUCACUCCCUAGGUCUUGAGCACUCUAGGGACCCAGGAGCGCUCAUGUUUCCCGUCUAUACCUACACUGACAAGAGCCAUUUUGUGCUUCCUGAUGAUGAUGUCCAAGGGAUCCAGUCUCUCUAUGGUCCAGGAGAUGAAGACCCCAACCCUAAACAUCCCAAAACACCAGACAAGUGUGACCCCGCCUUGUCCCUUGACGCCAUUACCAGUCUCCGAGGAGAAACAAUGAUCUUCAAAGACAGAUUCUUCUGGCGCCUGCACCCACAGCAGGUUGAUGCAGAGCUAUUUUUGACAAAAUCAUUUUGGCCAGAACUUCCGAACCGCAUCGAUGCAGCAUAUGAGCAUCCUUCUCGCGAUCGUAUCUUCAUUUUUAGAGGAAGAAAAUUUUGGGCUCUUAAUGGUUAUGACAUUGUGGAAGGCUAUCCCAAAAAAAUAGCAGAAUUGGGAUUUCCAAAAGAGAUUAAGAGGCUAAGUGCCGCUGUUCACCUUGAAGACUCAGGCAAGACUCUCUUCUUCUCUGGAAACCAAGUCUGGAGAUAUGAUGACAUUAAUCAUGUUAUGGAUGAAGACUACCCCAGACUGAUAGAAGAGGUCUUCCCAGGAAUUGGUGAUAAAGUGGAUGCUGUCUAUGAGAACAAUGGUUACAUCUAUUUCUUCAAUGGACCUAUACAGUUUGAAUACAGCAUCUGGAGUAACCGUAUUGUUCGAGUCAUGCCCACAAAUUCUCUGCUGUGGUGUUAAAUGUCUUUUAAAAUUGUUAUUUAAGUCCUGGAGGGCAUUUGGGCUAAUACUUCCAGAAGCACUGGGGCAGCGGGUGGGAAGAGAUGGCAGGGGAGAGCUUAGUUCUGUGAACAAGCGUCAGUAAGUUAUCUUUGAGUAUGCAGUAUCUAUACGACUCUGCGUGGCUGGGACCACAGUGGAGAGUUUUAAUGAAAUACAACUCCAGGAAUCAGCUGAUUCUGGUGUGCUAUAUAAAAACAAUAGCAGAUGCUAUAUCCCACACCAAAAUGGGAUAGAUGGUCAGUCAAGGAGAACAUGGUUUUUAAAUAUAUUUAUAAGGACAUUUACAACGGCAUAAAGGUAAAUUACAAUUAUAUAGUUAUAAAUCAUCAUUAAAAAUAUGAAAUAGUACAAAUGGAAAUUUAUGGAGUUAUGUGGUAGCCAUACAUGAGUUAGAUAAAGGGUAACAUCUGUGAUAAAUUUGUAGACACCUUUUUGAAAGAUAAUUUAAGUUUUUGCACUGAGAAGAUUCAGUUGUACAUGCCCCUCUUCACCCAAACUCUAAGAAACUAUUAAGUCAUCAAAGAAAGGAUGGUAUAUGUGGCUUUGGAUUCUGUUCAAUUUCUACUUUUGCUAAUGACUCAAGGGCAGCUUUCAAAUAAGACAGAUAUUCUUUUGCACAUUGAUACACAACAAAGAAAGAAAUUCUUUUUAUUAAAAUAUUUCAGAUCUUUGAAAAGUUAUACUCUAAACAUUAAAUUUAUUAACAAAAUAAUUUAGAUGAUACUAUCACUUUUUCAUAAUCAUUUGACUAUUUAACAUUAAAAGUAUUGUUUUGACCUAAUUAUUUUCAAUGUCCACUUUACCUUGGAUAUAUAGGCUAUUUUCUAAAAACUAGUGUAGAACAAAAUAAAGUACAUCUUAUGAAUUACAAGUAUGUAUGUUAAAACAGAGACAUGCAACAUAAAGAAAGUAGUCUGUUACAUUGUAGUCCUCUUGAAAUACAGAGCCAUUUCUAUUCUUUUCUCUCUUUCUUUCUUUCUUUCUCUUUAUUCUUUAUUUCUUUCUCUUUCUUUUUUCCUUCCUUCCUUCCAUCCUUCCUAUUCUCUAUUAAAUUCCUUAUCACAUUUCAAGCCUGGACACUUGAGUACUUGCCAUUCAUUGCCUGAAUAUGUGACUGGGCACCAAAGGAAGAGUUAUUGGACCUAGAGAUCUUGUUCAUAAAAACUCAGACAGAGAAAAUGAAUUGUAUAUUUACAUAAUGUAUUAGAAAGUAUGUAUGUUGUUUCUAAUAAAAAGGAUAUUUUCAAAGA